AUGUCUUAUUAUGACAUUGACGCCAUCUUGACAGAUUCACAGAAAAUACCAUGUACUUUCGAGCUCGAUGUCCCAAACCUAGGAUAUUUAGACAACAAUGCGGGGCAUACACUCAAGAAGGGCACACGUGUUGAUCUGCCACUAUGGCUCGCAGAAAUGUUGGCUGUCUCCUCUCCGAAUUCCACCAAGCCCCUGGUGACUGUUGAUCUCCCACCGUGUCUGGCUCCACGCGUUAUGAACGCAUUGAAAGCAGAUCCGAAAUCUGUAGACUUGAGGGCUCUGGCGCAACACUUCUACGGACUUGGGUCACGAAUAUUGGAAUUGUUUGAGGAAGAGGAAGUCUGCGAUGUGUUGAUGGAGACAUUCAGGACACGCGCCGCAGAGAUCAGUGAUCAUGCAAGCAAUGCUGGUGCAAGUCAAAGAGGCGGAGGUGGAGGAGUUGGCAAUGAUGGAGUGGAAUUUCUACGAGGACUGGAUGAGACGGAGAGAGGGCUUUUCAGGGCCGCGCACGACAGCUCGAAGUCUAUGAGAGUUUGGAUGGGAGAGAUGAAGAAGAAAUGA